UGUUGCGGACGCUGAGCGCACUGGGUGACAGCCCCCGCGGAGGACCGACCAUACCCACAUCCGCGCUCCACGCCGGAGAGGACGCGCAGUCCCUCUGAACUUUGGACACAAACUAGUCACCACAGUGCAGUUUUGUAUGGCACAGUGACUUACCCGUGUUUUGCUCGAUUCGGGUGUGAGCCUGUAUCUGCAAACAAGUCUGUCGGAGAGCGUCCGCAUCCAAAGGCGCAGCGUCGCGUCGCGUCGCGCCUCUCCAACAGGACCGGCGCGGACGAUGUGGUCCACCGGCGUGGCCAUCGCCUCCGUUUAUGGCGUGAUCAGCGUGUCGGGGCUGAUCGGCAACAUCACCCUCAUCAAGACGUUCUGCUCUGCCAAGUCCACCCGCAACGUGCCGAACCUCUUCAUGUCGAGCCUGGCGCUCGGGGACGUGCUGCUGCUGGUGACCUGCGCUCCGGUGGACGCCAGCCGCUACCUGUCAGAGACGUGGCUGUUCGGCCGAGUGGGCUGUAAAGUCAUCCCCUUCAUCCAGCUCACCUCGGUCGGGGUGUCGGUGUUCACCCUCACAGCCCUCUCUGCUGACAGGUACAAGGCCAUUGUGAAGCCCCUGGACCUCCAAACAUCAAGCACCACUGCCAGCAUUCUCCUGAGGGCAGCCCUCAUCUGGCUCUUCUCCCUGGUCCUGGCGAUCCCAGAGGCCGUCUUCUCCGACCUCCACACCUUCACCAUCGCCUCCACCAACGAGAGCUUCACCACCUGCGCGCCUUAUCCCCACGCCGGGGACCUGCACCCCAAGAUCCACUCCAUGGCCUCCUUCCUCAUUUUCUACGUCAUCCCCCUGUCGGUCAUCUCUGUGUACUACACCUUCAUAGCCAGGAGUCUGUUGAGGAGCGCCUCAAACCUGCCUGUGGAGGGCAACGUGCACGCACAACGACAGGUUGAAUCAAGAAAGCGCUUGGCCAAGACAGUGCUGGUGUUCGUUGGUCUCUUUGCAGUUUGCUGGCUUCCCAGUCACGUCAUCUACUUGUACCGCUCCUAUCACUACUCCCAGGUGGACACGUCCCUGGUUCACUUUGUGUGCAGCGUCGUCGCCCGUAUCCUGGCCUUCACCAACUCCUGCCUCAACCCCUUCGCCCUUUACCUGCUGAGCAAGACCUUCAAGAAGCAGUUCACGCGGCAGCUGUGCUGCUGCUGCCGCGUGAACUGCAAACGCUCGCCACAGAGCCCGACGCAUUACAACACGCGCGUGACCUCCGUCCGCAGCACACACUACUCCGUGGCCAGUCUGAGCAUCAUCAAUGGCAGACAGAUCUAUCAGGAGGACUAUGUGUGAGUGUGUGUGUGAGUUCUCUGAGUAAUGCAUUCGCACCGUGUUCCACUUUGAGACAAAUCGGUCAUCCCCAGUCAACCACUUUUGGUAACGUAUAUAUGUGUAGAAAACACUGGGUCUUAUUUAAGUUGUCUGUGAAAUAUCUUUGCGUAGCGUAUUCCUUUUUUUUUCUCCAGAAACUUUAUUCGGAGGAUAUUGCUCUCAAUGGCUGAUGAGUAAUCACAGCUCAGGACUUCAGAACUAAUUUCACAUCCUGAAUUCGUCAUUAGAGAGCCAAAGACCAAGAGUCUAUACAGCCAUGCCAGUUCUGUAUCCUACGACAAGCACAGUUAUGCGUCAAGGUCAAAACCAAGGUUGGCGCGAUACCACUGGAGGAGUCGUUUUGAGUAUUUUAGCAUGAAAGGAUAUACUAACAUAGGCUGAUUAACACUGAAUACAAAGUACAGCCGGAGGCCGAUGGGAAUGUUAUUAUUUUGGCGGAUUUUUGGUCAAGAAAUAACUUAUUGGAAAGAUAUUCAAUGGCAAGUGGAGGGGAUCACAAAAGUUAUUUAUCCAGAGAGGUGUGCAUGAAAUAUCAUGGCAAUCCAUCCAACAGUUGGUUUCACUCAAAAGGAAAUGCCCACCUCAUGGCGCUAGAAGAAUAAGGAUCGGAUUUAUUUAUUUAUUUUUCGCUGGGAAUCAACUUAUGUGAAUAUGUUAAAAUAAAUCUGUAGGAGAUAUUCAAAUUCGUGCAGACAAUAAUUGGAUUUGUAAAAAAAACUUAAAAGAGACAAUGUGAAUACAAUCCAUGAAUAAAUGACAUCAGUGGUGAUGCCAGAGUUACAAGUACCAACUUUGACCGUGUUUACUGAGUAAUGACACGAAACCACUGCAGUUUGCUUCUGUGAACAACAAUCGUAUCUAAUGAAACUACAUGUGAAGUGGAAUGAAUCCAUGGGAAACAAACACUUUUUCUGAUUUCAGGACACACAACUAUAUCAAACAAAAGAUGCUGUCAUUAUAUAUAUAUACAUAUACAUAUAUUUAUGUAUAUAUAUAUAAAUGUUCUUUCU